GGGGCAGUCACCUCGCACGGAUAUCGGGUUACCGGAUCGGGAAUCAUAGUUUACUCUGUAUAUCUGCGAGAGGCUGGAUCCAGCCACCGCUGAAUGACCUGAUAUCGAUUUGAACUUAGUUUAUGUUCUUUACAGGACAAUGGGUGGAUCUAGGUUCAUUCGACAAUCCAAUGUGUGUCCAGAUAGCGCUGCAGCAGCUGCAGAGAUGGCGCAGGAAAAGGAUAAACUGAGCCAUGCACUCUGGUACAUGGAAAUAUCGUCCCUGAUAUUGGUGUUUCGAAAAUCAUUGAAACUCAAAGACCGCAGACAUAGUCUUUAUCCCAGAUUAGCAGGAGGGAUUUCGGUGUACGCGUGGAUAAUAAUGGUAGAGUGACGCGAUGACGGGAAAAGCGAAGGGAGCCCGCUACCAUCGAGGCUAUUACACCAUGGCUCUGCCACCGCCUACCUAGACAGGUAAAAGAAUAGCCUCAUAUACAUGAACAUGGUCUACGCGUUUCUUUCCUUACUAAGCGGGCAGUUUUGUAAGCGUACUUCUAAUAUAUCGCGAGUAUUCAGCGGUAUGCUCCCAGGUUGCUGGUAGCCAAAAAUCGCAGGAUACUUAGUAUGGAGAGGAUCAGAGGUGUUAUCGAUUCCACGAAAGAAUAUAUUGAAUCGGAACAGAACAAAUUGCGUGUGCUUUGAGCCCCAAGCUGC